GAGAAUAGAGAAGCCCUCAAGAAAAUUCAUCUUAAUUAAUUGACAUUCACUUUACCUGCUAUUAAGCUAGGCUAAUUUUGGCACGCUUCUGUUUGUUUACUUCAUUUCAAGAGGAUUUGCUUGUUAGGACAACGAAUCCUAAGAAAAUCACAAUCUUUAAUGAUUGUCUAACCCAUAUGGUGACAAGUGUUAUACUCUCCGUCAUCUGACGAAAGGCUAAAUAAUUGGUCCUAAGGUUGCUUUAUGUUCAAUGAGUAUGCUAUCCAACUGAGCCCCGCACCUAACACUUGGUCAGUCUUAGCUGAACAGAAAGAUUUUCGUGGAUUUGAUAAAUUUGCAGUCAAGAGUCAAAGGUUUUCCAUUCUUCAUGAACUCUACGAUACGGCGACUAUUUCCGUUUGUGGUAUUCCUGUGGUUAUUGGAUGCCCUUCCACUGUUAGGGAACGGGAUAGAGCUGGCUGAGGAAACAAAAGUCAUCACGAUGUUGCUAAAGGAUUACGAUAAAUAUGUUCGUCCACUGGUCACCCAAAAGCCUACUCAGGUUAAUAUUAGCAUGGCGGUACAGGCCUUCAGUCAAAUCAAGGAAUCAAACAUGGACUUUGAAGUGUUUAUGUAUCUACGACAAGAAUGGAACGAUCCUCGCCUGGCUCACCAAAAUGAAGCCAAGUUAUCGUUGACGAAAGAAAGAGUGAAUGACAUCUGGACACCCGAUACAUACUUCAACAACGCUAAUGAGUAUGAAGUGUAUACUGUGAACAAACUGGUGCUUAUCUCGGGUAAUGGCGAUAUUUAUUACAGUGGAAGAAUUAAGAUCAAGGGAGCUUGUCAGAUGAACCUUGUAAACUUCCCUCUUGAUGUACAAAAAUGUUCACUUAUCCUCGAAAGCUUCGCGUACACUGUUGGUCAGAUGAAUUUUAAAUGGAAGCAAGACACUCCUGUGCGCAUAUUCAAUCGAGAUCUGGCGGAGUUUGACGUGGUCAAGUACGAGAUUCUAGAGAGCAAUACUACUUAUGUAUCUGGAGUAUACAAGAACUUGGUGGUCACUUUCACCUUUCAUCGACGGAUGGGCUUUUACUUUAUACAAUUCUACAUUCCUUGUAUUGUUAUGGUAACGCUGAGUUGGAUAUCAUUCUGGAUGGAUCGAUAUUACAUUGGCGAGCGGGUAUCCCUCGGGAUAACAACAGUCCUUACGAUUGUGUUUCUGCUGGGCUCGAGUAACUCGACAAUGCCCCGAGUCAGUUAUGCCAAGGCAAUCGACUGGUAUCUUAUUGGUUCAUUCAUGUUCGUGUUUUCCACUCUCGUCACUGAUUUACUCAUUUACCGGUUCAGUAGAAGUGCCGAUUCAAGACGGCUUGGCAAAAACGACAAAGAGAGAAAGCAUAUCUCAUUUCACUGCAAACAUGGUUUCAAACCAGCCUACGUAGCAGAGGGUGAUGGUAGCAUCCAUGUUGUGUCGUACGAAGAGGAGAAAGCCAAUCAGUACAUCAAGAAUACCCUUAAGAAUUGUUGUCUACCACUGACCUGUCACGAGCCAAUCAAACAAGAGAAAGUAGAUAUCAGUAUCGUCACGAACAAAUGCUGCAGGAUCAUGUAUCCUCUUGCAUUCAUUUUCUUUAACAUUGUUUAUUGGGCCAACCUUUUUUUAAGUGAUGAGUAGAAGAACUUUCAAUGAGUCGAGAAAGAAAAGAAAAAGGUUGAAUUCAGUACCUGACUCCUUCAGUCAAAAAUACCAGCUGAAAAGCUCUACAAAUGUUCCCUGACUAAUGCAAUCUUGGGAUUUUUAUAUUAAUGGCUUGAUGUAAUUCAUAUUCCAUCUGUUAGCUUAGCUAUAACCAGUCUGCCAUAAACAUUUAUCUUGAUCCUUUAAAUUAGGGACUAUCGAGCUGUGACAACACUAUGAUUAUUACAUUUGGUUUUUUAGUAGAGUGGUAUAGAGAAAAGUCAUUAUGGCUGAGCUGACUGCCGGGAUACGCUUGGCAAAAGUGGUUGGUGCUGAUUUGGAAGAGGGAAAAAAUAUUGUAAAUCAAUCAGUUAGUAUAUAUACUCAACAGCAAGUUCUACGGCCUGGAUACAGCAUUGUCUGACGCAGCCAAUCAAAACUCUUAACACUAUUUUCACUGUUUUCGGUCUAGUGUUUGUCACGUGACCAAUUCUAUGAUAAUAUUGUAGAUAAGCCGUACAUCUAAUCAAGGCAGGUUGAUUGAUCUACUUGUUAGUUGCGAACACAAGCAAUGCUGCCAUGAUGUUAGAAGAUUUGUAACAAAAUAGGACUCAAAAUCAAUAAAACACGUAUAGAUGAGGAAUAA